AUGGAAUUAUUACAACAAUAUCUCCAACAACAACAAGAAGAGUUAAAAAUUCAAAGAGAGUUGCAUAGUAGUGGCCAAUCACAAAAUGCCUAUCAACAACAACAACAACUAGAAGAUGAUGAAGAGUAUGAUGACGAUCAAUUACCUUUAUCACCAACACAAACUGAAGAAUUUGAUUAUGACAAUGAUUAUAACGAUGAAGAAUUCUACGAUGAAGAUGAUGACUUUAAAGAAGAUGAUGAUGAAGAAGAAGAAGAAGAAGAUGAUGAAAUGUAUCCAAUAAGACAAGAUAAUAAUAUCGAUGAUGAUGACUAUGAAGAAGAUGAAGAAGAGCAAUUGUUAUAUCCAACUAAUAAUAAUAAUAAUACCACCACUACUACUCCCUAUACUACCUAUAAUAAUAAUAAUAAUAAUGAUAUUAAUAAUAAUAAUAACAAUAAUACAAAAUCAGAGAUGACUAUGAUACCGACAGUAUCAUCUAAUAUUUCUUUAAAUCCAUUACAAAUUUUGGAACAAUAUUUAAAUACACAACAACAAAUUCAACAAAAACAAUUUCAAAAACAUCAAGAAGAAUUACAAAUUCAACAAUUACAACAAAAUCAUCCAUUACAAUUAUUGGAACAAUAUUUACAACAACAACAACAAAUUCAACAGGAACAAUUUUUUAACCACCAAAGAGAAAAUCAAGUUCCAAAUAGUAAUAGUAAUAGUUUAAAUAGUAGUAAUGAAAAUAAUAAUAAUAAUGUUAAUAAUAAUAAUAAUAUUAUUAAUAAUAAUAAUAAUAGUAUUAAUAAUAAUAUGAAUAAUAGUAAUAAUAAUAAUAAUAACAAUAAUAAUGGAAACAAAAACCCUUUUUUUCUAGAUGAUUUCAUUUAUAUUUAA